AUGGCAGUUUGGUUCCAAAAUGCUCGAGCAAAGUUCCGCCGGAACAGUAUACAAUGUCAUGAAAUCUCGAACGAUUCACAUAUUCCAGCAUUACCUCAUCCGAGCACAUCAUAUAAUGAGACAAUUACGUCUGGUGAUUCUGUUGAAGAAUCGUGGAGAACAUCAGCAAGCCCGGAUGAUUGCAGUCAGCAAGAUGAGCAUUCAUACAGUUCUAAUGAUGAUAACAAAGAUAAUAGUAAUGGCAAACAUGAAACAGAAGCAAGUGCUUGUAUAAGUUCAACUGUGAAAACAUUAUUUGAAUACUUUGAAACAGAUCCAACAAUUUUAUAG